AUGUUUGUGUCGGCGCUGCUCUGCUGUUUCUCCUUCAGUCUGCUGCAUCUCUCUUCUUCGUUGGUUCAUGGAAACCUCCAGCUGGACGACGGUGCGCCUGCCGGUCGCCGCGGCGACGCUGCGUACCUGUCAGACCUGGAGAGAAGCCACGCCCCCGACCAGCUGCGUGACUCUGCCCUCCUUCCUGUCGACUCGGUGGAGGAUCGCUUCCUGAUGGACGCGGCCUCCUACGACGAGGACCUGUCUGCGGCGCUGCAGCUCCAGGGGCGAGCCUUGCGUUCCCCUCGGCGCUGCGUGCCCCACCAGCAGUCCUGUCUGGGCUUCCCGCUGCCCUGCUGCGACGCCUGUGACACCUGCUACUGCCGCUUCUUCAACGCCAUCUGCUACUGCCGCCGCGUCGGCCACGCCUGCCCCCCCCGACGCACCUGA